GUUAGGUACAAUGUAUUAUUACAAUUAAUUACCAUAGCCAAUCACAAGAAUCUAAUUAGUUUCCAAAUAAAAUAUACAUUGGCAUGAAUUGAAGCAAUCAACCAAAUUUGCCCACUUUCCUUAUAAUUAUUCCUACAUUUCAAAAUUAAAUUAUUCCUAGCCGUUACAUUUCUUGAAAUUUUAAUACAAAUAAUCCACCAUGAAACCAAGAAUAUAAUCUCCCAUUAGAUUUUCUCCAUAGCUUCUCAUAAAUAAAUCUUUGCAACAAUAUAUAUAAAUAUAUAUAUAAUCAAUUAAUUCAUAUGAAUUCAAGCCGUUGUGCUGCAUGCAAACAUUUAAGACGAAGAUGCCCCUCAGAUUGCAUAUUCUCACCUUAUUUCCCAUCCAACAAUCCUCAAAGAUUUGCUUUUGUUCACAAGAUCUAUGGUGCUAGUAACGUUGGAAAGAUUCUCCAGGAUCUCCCGGUGAAUCUAAGAUCGAAAGCAGCUGAUACGCUGUGCUACGAGGCUUCGCGCAGAAUAGAGGAUCCCGUGUACGGUGUUGUCAGAGAGUUAACUAAUUUGGAUGAAGAGAUACAAAAAGCGCACUGCCAACUCGCAAGAAUCCGAGCUCAAAUUGCGGUAAUUCAAGCUCGCGAUGAAGUUGAUAAUGUCAAUAAUCCCAAUUUCUUCCCGCCCCAAAACGAUGUAUCUAAUUCCACUUCAUUUAAUUAUGAUCUUUCGGCUUGGUUCGAUUAGGGUUAGUUAGUAUCUCAAUUUAGUAACGCGUUUUUUGUUACUAUUGUAAUACUGAUCGA